UCAGCCUUAAGGUCACAUGGUAAACACAAACCCUUAAAAACCCCCCAAGCUGCACGCCUGAGACCCCAGUCAUCUCUUCUGUGCAAAAACACCAGCUGGUCUUGGUGUUCAUCUCUUCCCUAGAAAGCCUCCGAGGUACCAUCAUGUCAGACACUGAGGAGAUUGUGGAGGAGUACGAGGAGGAAGUGGAAGAAGAGGAGGUAGAAGAAGUUGAAGAAGAAGAGGAUGAUGAAGCGGAGAAGAAAGAAAAGCACGCAGAGGAGAAUGAGCAAGAGGAGGACUCCAAAUGGCGUCCUAAAACAACUUAUGUGCCAAAUAUCGCUCCUCCAAAACUCCCCGAUGGCGAAAAGGUGGAUUUCGAUGACCUCCACCGCAAGAGGGUGGAGAAGGAUUUCAACGACCUCCAGACCCUGAUCGAGUCGCAUUUCUCCACCCGACAGAAAGAGGAGGAAGAGCUGGUCGCUCUGCGUAGCCGUAUCGAACGUCGAAGAUCGGACAGAUCGGAACAGCAGCGCGUCCGCACCGAGCAAGACCGUGAGCGCCAAGCACGUCUGACCGAGGAGAGGACGAGGCGCGAGGAGGAGGCCGCCAAGCUGCGUGCCGACGAGGAGGCGAAGAAGAAGAUGAUUUUCACCAACAAGUCCUUUGGCGGCUACCUGCAGAAGGUGGACCAGAAGAAGGGCAAGAAGCUGACGGCGCGGGAGGAGAAGAAGAAGGCCCUGAUGGACCGCCGGAAGCCGCUCAACAUCGACCACCUGAACCAGGAGAAGCUGGCGGAGAAGGCGCAGGACCUGUGGCAGUGGCUCCAGCAGCUGCACGCUGAGAAGUUCGAGCUGGCCGAGAAGCUCAAGAGGCAGAAGUACGACAUCCACGUGCUCCGAAACCGAGUCAGCGACCACCAGAGGGGCUCCAAAGCAUCCAAGACCUCCCGCGGGGCCAAGGGCAAGGCUGGCACCUGGAAGUAACUGGACUGCCACGUUUCUGGACUAUUUGUCUCCUAUUUUUAAUAAAGCUAUCCCAGGGAUUGUGUGUGGAUUUGAGUGGGAACUCCUUAUUGGGGGGAACUGAAGUACAUGAAGUUAAUCUUGAAUGAUGUAUAAAUAUCUGAUUGUUCUAACUUAAUAGAAGCAAACAUACUUCCUGAAAGUACAUCGAAACCCAUUGAAACUAAUGGAGAAUGGCUCCUCAAGCGAAUGUUUUAACCUGCUGUAUGACUUAUAAUAGAUCUGUGCAACUUGUAUUUAUAUGGAAUAUGUAGAUAGGUGCCUCUUGCAUGCGUGUACAGAAAACAAUAAAAAUCCAUACAUUUUUGCUGCUUAUUUUAGGGCAAUUUUUUACCAUUAAAACAAAAAAAGUAGUCCCAUGUGUCCAAAGACUAUAUAAUAAGAAAAUGGCUGUAUCUCAGAAAAUACAAGGAGCACAAUCAAGUAUUUGGUAUCUAUGAACU